GACAUGAUCAUAUUGCGUGCAUAGACGAUUCAGUAUGUCCCGACAGAAAACAGUAUUUUGAUAAAUGAGCACGUGCCAAACCGUGAACCUGUCCCUUUAAUGCCAUCCUGCCCCAGUUCUUCAAAAAGAAAGAUAGCUGGAAACCAAUUGCUUUAUCCAGUAGAAAGAGAUUUUUCCUUUGGACAGGGUUAUCCACCCUUUGAACAUCUAGAGCCAGGCUUGUAAUGAGAAAAUCACGAUAACUUAUCUCUAUAGUUAGCAAUUGCUGAAUGAGGCUGAGUAGGAGGUGAAGAAUCGAGGAGGAUGUUAUCCACCGAGGUUGAAGGCCUCGCAUCUUCCAAAUUUGGUCAACGUCAGUUUGUUAUGAAGAAUUAGCCGGGGGCCUUGAGCCAAUCAGAAAUGGUGAAAUAUUUUAAGUGAAUGAUAACUGCAUUGAAACCCCUUUUGCAGGGUUUAUUCUACAGCGCGGCCUUGCGGGAUUUCCGCAAUUUGGAAAAAAAUGCCGCAUAAAAUAUACGUUGCCGCGUCAAACGGGGCGCAAAAAAAUAGACCCAAGGAUAAGUACUAUUUUUUGAAAUAAAGUAUUCAAAAACAUUACUGACAACAACACUGAUUUGACGGCCGCUCUUUAAACUUACUUCGAACUUUUAUAGCCUUUUACUUUCUCAAUUGCCUUUCUCUUCUUCGUUUGAGUCAUUACUUCACCAGACAAACAUCCGGGAUUCUGCAGUAAUUCGAGCCCAGACUUUUUCAGUUGCCCAGAAUGUUCCAAAAUGGCGGCAACGCGUCAAUAAAGGUUCGUUUACCCGUGGAACAGUCUGCACCAAUAAGUUCGAAUACAUUUUGGGGACCCCCCUUUCAUGAAAAAAGGCCCCCUAAAAUUACAGAAGGGGGCCCAUUUGACCCUCAUUGGCCAAUUUUUAGAAUCAACCCUGCUACUGGUAGCAUGACUCUGCCAAGGAAUUGCGUUUGACGUUUUAGUUGCUGUAUUUGUAUCCUUUGCUUACAACCCUGCUGUGUUGUGUUUUGUAGGAUGGUAAUAUCGUAAUCAAGAACAUUCAAUUUGAGGAUGGCCCACUUGGACACAGAGAAGUCAGCAUUAAAUGGAAGGAUCUUAUAUGUUAUCAAAGAUUAGAGGUGAGUAUUUUAGUAUUUUUAUCAUGGAUUGCGUGUUUCAAUAUCUCUUGUAAUUUUAAGGUUAAACUUCAUGAGUGCAGAAUCUAAUGCAAAUGAGCGAGAACAAUAAAAUUUUCCUUCUAGUAAAAACCAAAAGUUUACGGAAUGUAGGCGACAACGAUCGAAGGUCAAAACGCUUUUGCUCCAACGAUGUGCUUUGCGCAAGUUCGGCACGUGACAGAUGGUCAAAACACGCGUGAUCAGUUUAUGAGUGAUAGAAGGGCCAAACGUGCGUAAUGAGCAUUCCAUUCAUUCUAAGUGGAAGUCCAAACGAAUGCAAGCUACAUACAUGCGACGCAUGCGUAAUAACAACCUGUAUAUUAGGAUUGCGUGCUCCUCUCAUCGCCCGCAAUUAGCGUUGAUUUCGGCACAUGUCAGUGAAGUUCGACGUUUAGAACUGGCCUGAGAGAAAUCAUCACUUGCCCUAAUUAGACAAAGGCAUGGAUAACUUGUCGAAGAGGUUAAUAAACUAACAAAAUGAUGUAAUGAACAAGAAAGUUAAAUUCUCCCAACUAUUUUUAUAAGGACUUGUAAAGUACAGUAUAGAGUAUUUAUAUGUGGAUGUACUUGACUACUCAUCUCAUCCAGUGUGGCGCGGGUUCAUCUGAGGCGGACGGUCAUGUUAUGUUUGUUGAUGCUUCUCUCCCCCGUGGCUGAUUCUUUACCGUGUUGCUCCUUCUCUCUCUUGCUUCAAGAGAGCACGGUAGUUUUCCUCUCGCCUCAAAAUCCAACAAUUGCAAAUGGCAAUUCGCCAGAUGUGUACAAACUAACGAAAGCCUGAUAUUUUUAAAUUUACGCGUAAAUUGUAUAAACGUUUUAGAUUUAGAGGAAGUGCAUUCAUGUCGUGGUUAUUCGUCUACAAAUCUUGAUCGUAUUAGACUGCAAAAGAGUCGGGUUUUUUUUUCUCAAAAUCGGUUUAGCGUAGCUUAAGAAUCUCACACGCCCGAAGAGCGCAAAACUCACACGGUCUCUCCCCAGUCUUGCUCUCCGUUUUCAGCCUUGCACCAGACCUUUUGUUUGACUGCUUGCGCGUACUUAAAUACGCAAAAAUACGGACUGUUUUGCAGUCUAUGAUCGUACGGAAAUUUGGAAAUGUUGGUUUCCGCAGAGAAGGGAGAUCGGAGUACCUGGGGAAAAACCUUUUUGAACAAGGAAAGAACCAACAUCAAACUCAACCACUUAUGGUCUCGCUUCUGGGACCAGCAACAUAAGUGUAAGGCGGGUGGUCUCGUUCUUGCCUUCCACUUGCAGCUUUCUUGGAAAAAGACCCAGAUUUUUUUCAAGCGCCAAAGAAGUAAACCUAUUUGUGAGGGCAAAUUGUCAUGAGUCAAUUUGAGUUUUUGACCAGACCUAAAUUGUUGGUUCAUUAAUGUUUGGUUUUCAGGUUAUUGCAGGCCCACCAGCGAAGCUCAAGAUUCUAAAGUUUGAUCAUUCUGAGGUAGGUAUGAAAAACGCGUGUCUUGGACCCAGUGUUUCAGUGUUCCAUCUUCAAAUUUUGAACACUGAGUUCAAUCUAUCAAUGAGUAAGUCCCAAACCCAUUGAAAGAGCGUCCUAUUGACGCUUGGAGCUUGGAGCCCCACCUGACAUUGGAUUAAGAGGCAUACGCACAUUUCAACCACGACUUCUUUGACUCUUCAACAACACUUUCAUGCACAACAGUGUUGUGUAUAAAGUCUUUUUCUCUCCUCAGUGAGUUAGGGCGUUUUCCAUUUGUCAGAACUGACCGGCCAGCACAUUCCCGUCGUAAUGAAAGUUUUACUUUUUAUGAAAGCUAUCCAGCCAGAUCAGUCAAAUCCUAAUAGUAUACAUGAAGGAAAUCGUUUUUCAUCAAAAUCUCUUGGAAAAAGCCUAUUUCAUUUUCAAAAUGACAGGUCCAGCCAUGGUCUGGCCGGCCAGUUCUGACUUUUGGAAAGCACACUAAGUUAGAGUGCUUGUUGAGAUUGCCUCGACCUCUGACUUGCUGUAGUACGAAACAACAUUGCUUGGAAAGCUUCCUAUGCGUUAUCAAGCCUGCUCUUGUACAAACUAGAGUUCAUGUUGUGAUUUGUUUCUACUUGUUUUACAGCCACUUUCGGUGUUUAACGAUACCAAGAUGCCAUUUCCCCUUACUGUUCAACUGUGCGACAAGCUUGAAAACCCUUCAGAUGAGCCUAAUGUUAAGGUGGUCCUUAAUACGGACAGAGGAAUUAAGGUGAGAAUCUCAGUUUUAAUGGUUUGGUCUCCAUUUAAUAAAUGCAGAUUCAGUUUCACAACGGCCACUUUUUUAGUCCCAGCGGAUAAUCCGUACAUUGACUCUUGUCUAAACCUCUCUACAACGGCCGCCUCUCAACAACGGUAACGGCCACUAAAGCGUGUUCCCAAAUAAGGCGACAGCAACGAGAUAGGUUAGAUUAGCAAAACAACAACUUUGCACGUGCAUCACGCUUUUUUGUACAGUUCUUAGCCGUCGUUGCACGACCACAACGUGAAAGUGCCUAAUUUCACGUUUUGUCGAGGACGGGAACACAAGACAACAACUUUCCUUUUCUUUUCCUGAACUUCGAUACAAUCCUUCAGAAUUCGACUCCAAAAAAAAUUGCCCACAUUUGACGAAUUGAAGUGACGUUUUCAUAGCCUUCGCUGUCGUUGUUGCGCUCCCUAUUAGCUCUCGACAACGGCCAGUUUUUUCAGCAACCGAUCAUGAAAAAGUCAAGAAUGGUCAUACAGUUUGAUCCUUAUGGCGCGUUAGUGAUUAAUCGCGGCAAUCGUAUUUUGAUUGUCAUCCAUUUAUACUGCUGCAGGGGGUAUAAAUUGUCUACGAUACUUGUCGCGAAUGUUGUGAGCCCUGCUUGUUCUGUCAGGUUAACAUUUUAAUUCAAAGCAAUAUUCAAGUUUUUUGUGUAUUUUAUCUCUAUGUAUUAUAUAUGAUUGGAUUACCAUUAUGGAAUACAAUAAGAAUGAACUUAGUAGCGCAAUAAACAUGUUGUACUCCCUACCACCCCAUAACGGCCACUUUCUUCUGUCCCCAAGGUGGCCCUUGUGGAGAGGUUCGACUGUAUUAUGUAAUCUGCGACCUUUUCUUGCACCUACGAAGAUCUGGUCGAAUGAACUGUUUUUACUACCAUAUUUUUUUAGCGUUCUAUCGAUGGUACGUUGUGCACCUGACUAUGCAAAUUUAUAUAAAUCUGUACAAAAUGAUGUUUUUCUUGGUAAGAAUCUAAUUGUGGGCACUUUUAUUAUUUUAUUUUUUUCAGUUGACUCCAGCACCCGCUCAGCAGAAGACGGACAGCAAGGGCCAAGCAACGUUUGGUCAACCUACUGUGAGCGCAACCAAGUAGGUGGAAUAUGAACAUUUCAGUCUUCUUGUGCCCCUGUUCCUGCCUCUUACUUGAUAGUUCUUACCCCAGUCCUUAACGAACGUUACUGAGUCAAACAAAAGCUUUCUUUACUUUUUAUACCAUCUCCUAAUCCUGCUACUCGACAAUUUGAAUUCCCUCUUAAUGGACGCCUCUAUUAGUGGGACACCUAGGGUUGGUCCCUACCGUUCUUCAGUCAUUUUCCUUCGACUCUCAAUAAGAUGGACACAUCUCUAAAAGUUGGUCUCUUUCGUUCUUCAUUCAUUUUCUUUGAUUCUGUAUAAGACGGACACCUUAAAACGGACACCUAGAGUUUACUCCUGCCAUUCCUCAUUCGGACACCGCAUUCGGACUACCAUUCUUCAUAUUAUUUCUUUGACUCUCUAUAAGACGGGCACGCCCCUAAACCGGAUACCUAGAGUCUGUCUCCUCCCUUCUUCAGUCAUUUUCUUUCAGUUUGACUCUUUAAGACGGACACCUCCCCAAAAAAGAAAUCGAGAGUCGGUCACUACCAUUCUUCAUUUAUCUUCCUUGUCUCUCCAUAAGACGAACACUUCCCUUAAACAGACUCUAAAUGCCGGCAUACACUUGGUGCCGAUCAAAAAAUAUCCCUCAGUCGACUUUAAGAGCCCCAACCGUGGCAUUUCUUAGGAACAACCUCUUCUUCGGUCAUAACUUUUAAGUGUGUAAAAUAACUUGGGGUAACGUGUGUUUCGAAAUCAGGGGAAUGUAUGGAAUAAGAAUCAAAGCUCUUCUUGGAAGAACUGCAUUGGAUGCGCCUACGAUAAGCGUGAGGUAAGUUCUGUGAAGUAGAUCAACACACAUUUCACAAUAACUCAGUGAUUUGGUCGAGAUAUCUGAUUUAUGAGAGUUUAGACCUCUCAAAUGGCUCCAAAUGUCUAAAACUUUAGUGGAACUGCGAACUGCACUCCAGUGGUUUCACUGCAGCGUAUUAAAGAUUUUCACGGUAUCUCUGUGGUCUGUAAGAGUAUGGACAAUGGAAAAUUGUUGUUUAUUCGCCGAAAUAUUCAAUAUUUUGUAUCAACAGCGAUGUUGAACGUCGCAUUUAAAGCAAAAGUAAACGGCAGAGACCAUGACCAAUUUUCGCGCUAUAAAUGGGCUAUUGAAUUCGCUUUUGCUGUUUUUGGAGAUAGCUAGUACAUCGCUUAGCAGUGAAUAUAGUACAUACGUUAGCGCAAGCGUUGGAAGAAGUCUGAUGUGUCAAAGCUACUUGCGGUCGCUCUUCUCAAGUUGGUGCUUUUAAUACUGUAAUUUCCUGUGGUACCUACCCGCCACGACUAGCUGUACCUAUUUGCGGGUAGUUAUAUCUGUACUUUCAUAUUCUAAUGAUAAAGUUGUUGUAGCUGUUAUAUGUUUUGCAUUUCAGAGUGGAGCCUGACCCAUCAAAGGCUGUAAAUCUUAACGUCACGUUUGAUUCUAAUGCGCCGUGUGUCGUUGGAGAGUUGUUACCAAGUAAGUGAGACCAUUAGAUUGAUAGUAGUCUGGUAGGACUGUUGCGCAGGCAAGUGUAUCCCAAGCAAGCAAACGGGUUUCCAGUUUUGCCGUCAAAACUUGCGCUUUCCAUAGGCUGGAUUUCCGCCGCUAUCUCGGGUCCGGUCGAGGUCGCAAGCUCAUUAGGGAGCUUAAGCAACGACGACGGCGACGUCGACGAGAACGGCAUAAAACAAUAAGGUUUAGAUUGGUAAAACGACAACCUUGCGCGUGCGUCAGCCCUUUAGAAUUCAACUCCUGAAAAAUUAGCCAUCAUUUGACAAAUUAAAUAGUUGGGUUAAGAGCAAUGAAGUUUGAAACAGUGCGAAUUCACUUUUUGGGUGACGUUUUCUCCAUCGUUGCCGUCGUCGUUGCUUAAGCUCCCUAGUUACCGAACAGCGACUGAUAAUCGAGUCUAGACUACGAGUAGUUCCCAUUUUUCCUCAGGGAUAGUAGAGCGAGCGAAACGCGAGCGCGCGUGAAAAUCACCCCACGCGAGAAAAGCGAGACGGGGCUACUGACCGGUCAAGACUGCAUUGCAGGUCAAAUACUUUGUCUAGUGACUCUGCAUUUUAACCAUUUAAUCCCCAAGAGUGACCAAGAUCCAUUUUGUCCUAACAAUAUCAACACAUAAUCAAGAGAAACGGUUAUGAGAAUUUAUAUAAUGAUCAACUAAGGGAAAAUGCUUUGAUUUUUUCUCCACUUUCAGCAGCAUCUGACUGAUAUUAGCUAUAGGGAAUUCUCAUCAAAAACGGAAAGUGAUUUGCAAGGACUUGUUCGAUUAGCACCUUCUGGGAUUUCAGACUUACAGGGUGGCAAUUCUCCCAACUAAGUCUUAAGGGAAAUGUAUGGAGAUCAGUCUGGAGAAUUUGUGGGUGGAUAUCGAAGUUUAGUACAAUUGGCUAUGUCUUUCUAAGCAUUGCGCUCAGCAUUGUGUGACCAAAUUCCAGGUGUUUGGAGAUCAAUAGGAUUUUACUUUAACCUGAAUCUGAGUUCUACCAUACAAAUUCAACUUUAAAGCAGUUUGGCUACGUAAGGACAUUGAUAUAUUGAACACUUUUAACUGAAAAUUUGAUUGACUCAUUCCUUGGGUGGGUGUUAGCAUAAGAGGUUCAGGUUGGGGGAUGUUUUGUUCCCCAAACAAACCUACUGUCCUGCGUUUCAGCUGUUUCAGCCCAUGUCGUUGGAGAGGACGAGGCUGUAAUGAAAGCAGCAAGUGCUAAGGACAUAGUGUUGAAGAUAUGGCACUCUAAGGACGGUCCAGUAUCAGACAAGCCGCCAGCCAGGGUAUGUUAUACAAGCCUGUUUUCUUUCACAUCACAUAGUAACUGGGUUUCACAAUACAUACACUGUAAGUGUCAAGAUUCUUAGGCACUAACUAGCCGAGAGCCAUUGUCCAGGGCUGUCACCAAGAUUUCAAGUUGACGUUAUAUGCAAUCAGUAGGCGGGAAAUUGAACUUCAAGGAAAUCGUUAUGUCCUAGUUUCCUUUUGUUUCGUAUGGGAAGUGCCGGAUCCAGACCUUGAGAUGGGGGGGGGGGGGGGUGGUCAUCCAGACCCUUAGAUAAGAGGGGGGGCGGUCUCUCAAAAAGUUUUUUUUGGCCCUUCGGGCCUCAGUUUGGUCCAAAAAUAUGGGAAGGGCGGAGGGUGGGGGUUGGGGGGUGGUCGGGCCCCCGGGUCCCUCCCCUGGAUCCACCACUGCCGGGGAUAAUGUUUAUAGUAUCCGGAGAAAAUCCCCUGCAUUUUCCUCUUAGCAUAUCCACAUCAGAAGGGAUUGGUUACGACUCAGAAGUGGUAAAAUGACUGGCCUAUUGUUGAUAACCUAAACUGUUAUCGUACUGAGGUCACAACGGUGUAGCACAAUGCCGCUGUUAAUUGAAACCACCAAGGCUUAACAUUUUACUUAUAUUGUAAUUUUGUUAAGGCCACAACGUUGUACCCAUCAAAGCGGAAGUUAACGGAUAAAGAUGGAGAAUUCUACUUCAGGUAAUAAUAAUAAGAAGAAUACGAAUAAAUAUGAUAAUAUAAUAUGUAUAUUGCGCAUAUACAAUGAAUGCGCAUUACAAACGGUGAAAUAAAAAUAAGUCGAUUAAAAGCUAUCUUAAAAAAGUACGUUUUGAGGGCUGUCUUGAAAGAUGUAAGGCUCUGAAUGUUUCUUAUCUACGCCGGAAGACUGUUUCACAGUUUGGGAGCUGCCGACUGAAAGGCUCGGUCGCCAAGUCAGUUGGUAGACACAGUGCGUUGGCCGGUACCAACAAAGUCGCAUUCUUGGACCUAAGGGUGCUUUCCAUUUGUCAGAACUGACCGACCAGACCAUUCCCGUAGUAAUGACAAUUUCACUUUUAAUCAAAAAUAUCCAGCUAGAUAUAGUUUGCACGAAGGAGAUGGUUUUUCAGCAAAAACUCUUGGAAAAAGCUUAUUGCUUUGUCAAAAUGACUGGUCCGGCCAGGGUCCAGCCGGUCGGCUCUGACUUUUGGAAAGCGUCCUAAGAUUAUUUAUAUCUUGACUGGGCAGCGACCGCAAUAAUAUCAACUGAAGUAAUAACUAUGGUUGAUUGAGUAGUUUUCAAAGGAAGCAAUGCAAUUUUUUUUCGUGAAUUAUCUUAUAACCAUAUAUUGUAAACUGCACUCACUAGGGACCUCAAAGUACCAGAUAUGUCAGGUGUCUAUUGUAUGGUAGUCCAGUUUGGAUCUGCAGGAGCAGCCACACUCUCUAGUAAACCGGUGAGAGCAUUGUUUGUUUUACGUGGAGUCUUCAUUACUAGUUACUUCUUGCACAAACCCUUAUUCUAUUAGUAAUAACAUUACUUUGAAGAGAACUUGAAUUUUUAUUUGUAAAUUUCUAUUUGUUGUCUGCAACGUUAGGAAGAGCUACCUUCAGCGAAACACACCGAAUACCACCUUGUGGUCUUUUUGUUGUCUGCAACGUAAGGAAGAGCUAACUUGAGCACAACACACCAAAUACCAAUCUGGCAUCAGCUUACGACAGUCGUUUCCGAUUAGUACAGUAGCUCUUCCAGACCUCUAUUUUGAUUGGCCCUAAUAAUCAGUAGCUUCUUUUGUUUUAGAGCUAGGGGUAUUGUUUGUGUUGAAUCAUCUGUUGUUUCGUUCUGCAAUCACAGACCAUGUCUGAAAAGCUACUGACCUUCUUCCCUUCCAUUGCACCUUAAACCUGUUCACUUACGAAGAAGCACUUCCGUUUAGCGGCCUAUUUUACAGAAGAUUCAUUUCAUUUUUGUACAAGUUAAUCAGUUUUCUUACCUGUAAAAGAAUAUGUGGAGGAGAGUUGUGUUUAGAAAUGCAUACUACCCAACGUUCGAAGAGUUCGUUGGCCUCGUCAGCUAAAUACCUUCCCAAUUCUUAAUGAUAGUGAGAGCCAACUAUGUUUGUUAACAUAGUUUCACUUACUUCCUCUUGCAGAUCACAUUCACAGCAAAGGCUGGUCUCCCUGUGAAGCUUGAACCAGAGACGAUGCCUGCGACUCCUACUCCAACACUCAAAGGACCAACAGCCGAACCCUGGUGA